AUGCCACAACCUCCUGCCAGUCCCACCACGUACGAAGAGGCCGUCAAUGAACUUGAGGAAGCAAUGAGGUGGACAAGCCAACUGCUCAAAAAGAGUUGUAUGGACCUGGAAAUCCGAACUGGCCGGGUCAGGAACGCUUUGGCAGAUGCUGCGGCCGAAAUCGGCUUGGCGAUGGCUUCCGCAGGCUACACAAUAUCCGCCAUGAAGUACGAGGAUUGCCAACAAGAUACGGUUCCCAAAUUCGAUCGUAUUUUGCCUUCUCUUUACGAAUAUGCCGAAGCCGUCCGCACGGGUGCCGAAUUCACAAAUAAACUUUCCCAAGCGCAUCGCAGUGGCCCCGCCAAGGCUGCGAUUGCAUGGAUGAUGCGCCAGACGGCUUUUGGUAGCCGUAUCUUCCGAGUUCUGGCACUUCCGGAGCUGAUGAAGUCUCCUAUGUGGAGGCUGCACGAUAACGCCAUCGAUACUAUGGUGACGUGUGCGAGGAGCGCUGUGGACAAGGCCACCGCGGCUGCCGAUACAGCAAUUUACACUGCUUUGACCACGAAUAGGACGACAGAAUACAUCAACAUUGGUGAAGUGUUCGAGCAUGGCAAACGAGGAGAAAGAUAUGUUGUUCCAUACGACAUGCGCGACACGCCGCGCCUGUACGAGGUCCUUCGGUUGGCCCAGUCAACAGGAUUAGCAGCACAAGCCGUGGCGCGCGCCCUUCGAUGGAUACGCCCGUCUGGCUCCCGAGGCCUCUCACGCGCGGCCGACGAGGCGAUCUCUGCUUCGUAUCGCGCGGCCCAACUACGCCUGUCAAUUCUGGCGUCGUUUUCCAAAAUAGUGAGGCCUCUCAUUCUGAUUCAACUCUUGUCGUCGGAUGGGAGAAUAGCCGAAGAUGCUUCGCACUAUGCACUAUCCGCUUUGGGCCAUAUUUUCAUAUCAAGAAAUGAAAGCAACUUGAAAAGGAUAUCAGGUCAGGGCUCCUAA